AUGCAAGCCUGGGGCACUGUAGUGGUGACCCUAGCCAUGCUGAUAGUUGCCAGUGUGGAUGCCAAGAUCUAUGAACGUUGUGACCUGGCAAUGAAGCUGGAGAAGGCAGGCCUCAAUGGCUUCCGAGGCUACGGCGUUGGAGACUGGCUGUGCAUGGCACAUUAUGUGAGUGGCUUUGACACCUCCUUCGUGGACCACAAUAUUGAUGGCAGCAGUCAAUAUGGCAUUUUCCAGCUGAACUCCGCCUGGUGGUGUGACAAUGGUAUUACACCCACCCAGAACCUCUGUCACAUGGAGUGUCAUGACCUUCUAAACCGCCAUAUUCUGGAUGACAUCAUAUGUGCCAAGCAGGUGGUAUCCUCACUGAAUGGUAUGCAUGCCUGGGAUUCUUGGACCAAGCACUGUCAUGGCCAUGAUUCAUCUGAAUGGCUCAAGGGGUGUAAUAUGCAUGCAAAACCUAAUGAAAAACCUAACACAAAGAAAAUGACUUCAUGA